AUGGAUGCAACUACAAGCGAGGUAUCGGAGGAAAAGGAUCAGAUGAUAAGAAAUGUGCCAGUAGACGACGCGAUUGUCAAUUGUCGUGUUGGAUCAUCUGAACCAAUUUCGUUUUUAGUCGAUUCUGGAGCGGAUGUAAACGUCAUUGGGGGUAACGAUUGGAAAUGUUUGGAAUCAGAAUAUAAUGUAGGAUCAGCUGUUUUAAAAAUAAUCCACCAAUUAGAUUUUCCCGAGUUGAGAGCUUACGCAACCAAGUGUCCUAUGAAAAUAAAAACUGCGUUUGAGGCUGUAAUAGAAGUAAUUGGAGCUGAGAAACCGGUCAUCAAGGCAACAUUUCUAGUCAUACCGGAAGGCAAUCGAUCCUUGUUGGGGAGAGAUACAUCAAGUAAGAUGAAACUUCUCAAAGUUGGUCUUUCCGUAAAUGUCUGCUCAUCAAAAAGCAAUACUGCUGUUUUCCCGAAAAUGCCAGGGGUGAAAGUCAAAUUCACUAUUGACGAAAGCGUCCUUCCAGUUAAAAAUGCAUAUUUCAAUGUCCCGGCUGCCUUUCGGGAGGCUGCAAGGCAAAGGUUGUCCGAAAUGGAGGCUCGGGGGAUUAUAGAGAGGGUAUUAACGGCCCCCACAUGGAUUAGUGGCAUGUCGGCAAUUCCAAAAGGAAAGGAGGAUUUCCGAUUGGUAGUGAAUAUGAGAGCGCCGAACAAGGCCAUCAAACGAGAGUAUUUUCGACUGCCUCUUAUAAACGAAAUGAGAACGAAACUUCACGGUGCCCAGUACUUUGCCAAACUUGAUUUGACAAGUGCUUACUACCAUCUCGAGUUAGCCAAAGAAUCUAGGGACCUGACAACCUUCCUUUCCGAAAACGGAAUGUACCGUUUUACCCGAUUGAUGUUCGGGGUAAACUGCGCCCCAGAGAUAUUUCAAAGAGAAAUGUCUCGCAUUUUCGAAGGAUUAGAAGGGAUUAUAAUUUAUAUAGACGAUAUCCUCGUGUUUGCGGAUACGAUCAAAGAUUUGAGACUUAAAGUAGCUCAAGUUCUAGGCAUACUGAAGGCUAAUAACUUGACGGUCAACCAGGAGAAAUGCGAAUUUGAUAAGCAACGCAUAACAUUCUUAGGGCAUCUAUUAGAUAAACAUGGGUUUCACAUAGAUGAAUCGAAAAUCAACCAUGUUCGCAAAUUCAGAGAACCCAAAUCAGCAUCUGAACUACGCAGUUUUUUAGGACUAGCUUCCUUUGUAAGUGCCUACAUUAAGAAUUUCGCGGAUAUUACAAGCCCUCUCUGGUCGGUGGCAAACGAAAAGACUUGGAGUUGGGGCCCUGUACAUAGUAAGGCUUUCGAACAGAUAAAAAAGAAUAUCGUUGAGUCCACAGUAGCCUUAGGCUACUUUUGUGAAGUAGACAAGACCAUACUAUAUACCGAUGCGUCCCCUAUCGCACUGGGAGCGGUCUUGGUCCAGGAAUCCGCUGAAGGAGAGAGGAGAAUUAUAAGUUUUGGAUCGAAAGCAUUAACCCCAACGGAAAAGAGAUAUGCUCAGCAUCAGCGGGAAGCCCUAGCAGCAGUAUGGGCAGUUGAACAUUUUUCUUAUUUCCUAUUAGGACGUCAUUUCACAUUAAAGACAGAUGCAAAGGGGGUGAGCUUUAUUUUGAAUCGAUCGAGAGAGGACUCGAAAAGGGCGUUAACCCGAGCCGACGGAUGGGCAUUAAGAUUAAGUCCUUACAGCUAUGAGGUUGAAUUCGUGAAAGGUAGAGAAAACAUUGCUGACCCUUCGUCAAGGUUGUACGUAGGAACUGAUGAACCAUUUAGCGAGGAAUCGAACCCCUGGGAGUUGGCCGUGCUUGAAACAAGUAACCCGCAAUUUUUGACGAACGACGAAAUUUCCAAAGAAACUUCCCGUGAUGAAACAUUGGCUGGCGUCCUAGAAGCACUGAAAUCAGACAUUUGGUCAACACGACUACGAAGGUUUGAUCUGGUGAAGGCCGAACUUUACGAGAAAAAUGGACUCUUAUACAAAGGAGGCUGCGUUGUAAUUCCUAAAUGCCUCCAAGAAAAAACGCUGAAUAUCGCUCACAGUGGACACCCAUCCGCUGCCAAACUAAAAUCAAUUCUCAGAGAACGAGUAUGGUGGCCGGGUAUUCCUUCGGAUGCCGAGAACUGGGUAAAUGGAUGCAAAGUAUGCGCCGCCAAUGGUAGGCCUGAGAAACCAACGCCGAUGAAACGUAUUCCCGCACCCAAAAACGUUUGGGAAACUAUUGGAAUUGACUUUAAUGGCCCCUACGCUCACUUUGGAGGAAUUUACAUUCUAGUAGUGGUUGACUACAGAUCUAGAUUUCUCAUAGCAAAAGUAGUAAAAUCUACAAACUUCGACCAGACUAAGAAAGUACUUGACGACAUAUUCGGUAGAGACGGAUUUCCAGAUUGUAUUAAGAGUGACAAUGGGCCACCGUUCAACGGUGCGGAAUAUAAGUUGUAUUGUAGAGAAAGAGGGAUACAAACUGUAUAUUCAACACCUCUUUUUCCACAGCAGAAUGGUAUGGUCGAGAACUAUAUGAAACUUAUAAACAAAGCUAUGUCUGCUGCUAUCGUGUCAAAGACAAAUUUCCACCACGAGCUGCAAGCGGCUGUGGAAUCUCACAAUGCAGCCAAACACCGCGUUACCAAAUUAUCCCCAGAAGAGGUAAUGCUACGCAGAAAAGUUAAACGAGGUCUACCUUUAAUGAACAGAGGAGUAAUUCACGUUGAUGAUCAACUGUUAGACAAAGUGGAUUAUGAAUCAAAAUUGAAGGCCAAACAGCGAGAAGAUAUUCGCCGUGGGGCAAGGCAGUGUAGCAUAAAACCGGGCGAUCACGUGAUUGUUGAACGACUUAAGAAAACUAAGGGAGACACAAGAUUCUCUCUUAAAAGAUUUACCGUUUUAAGUGAGGAUAACGGCAAACUUCGCCUGACAGACGAAACAGGAAACAUAAUGGAUCGUCAUGUUUCACAGACAAAGAAAGUCCACAACUGGAGAGACGAGGAAAGUGAGCCAUCUAAUAGUGAAUGUCUGAAGGAGUCAGUCGUCGAGCCACUGCAGAGGCCCGUAAGAGACAGAAAGAAACCUUCGCACUUGCGGGAUUAUGUGGACACAAUCGAGAGGAAAGAUUUGCAAAUGUGA